AGCCGGCAUUAGCCGGUGUCGCAGAUUCACACGCAUUCUUGUCUCUUGUCAUCGUUAGCAUCGACGGUGAGAACGGCGAUGGCCUCACCACCUAAACCUUGGGAGCGGGGCGCAGCAGCAGCAGCCCCAGCAGCAACUAUCCCUACUACGCUACCCUCAGCUACGACGAGCUCCUCUUCACCAGAACCUCCUUCAGUGCCUGCACGUCCCCCAGCGUUCUCCAACCCAUCUACAUCUAUCGCAUCACCCUAUAAUUCUUUGCAGUCAUCCUACAAUACUCCAUAUUCGCCAUAUUCGCGCCUUGGGUCCUCGUACACCUCACCAUACGGCUCGAGUAUGUACGGUGGUUAUGGCGGAAUGGGCAGCGCCUACGGUACUGGGUACGGUGGGUACGGUGGUUAUGGCAUGAAUAGCAUGUAUGGCGGCAUGGGUGGAAUGGGCAGCAUGGGUGGAAUGGGCGGAAUGGGCGGGACGGGCAUGUAUCCUGGUAUGGAUCCCAACAAUCCUUCCCUUACACAGACCCUCGAAACCACAACCCAACACACCUUCUCCCUUCUCCACUCCAUCGUCCAGACCUUCUCGGGCGUAGCGCAAAUGCUCGAAUCAACAUUCAUGGCGACGCAUAGCUCAUUUUUCGCAAUGGUCGGCGUCAUCGAGCAGUUCAGCCACCUCCGCAAUGCCUUGGGAAGUGUAUUAGGCCUGUUCGGUCUUUUACGGUGGAUGAAGGAGCUCAUCACGGGGCGCCAGAGUUCUACAAGCUCUAUACAGGGCGAAUUUAGAGAAUUCGUCAGUGGCAAGCCCGUUCAGGGUCCGAUGGGUCCCCCUGCUGUCAAGCCCAGCCGAAAACCCAUCAUCAUAUUUUUACUCGCUAUUUUCGGCAUUCCAUAUGCCAUGAUGAAGCUCAUAAAAAUUCUCAAUGAGCGUGCUGUGCAACAGCAGCAGGCCCAGAUUGGCCCCGGUCCGUUGGGCCCCCUUGACCCAUCAACUCUUACAUUUGCACGCGCACUAUAUCCAUUCACGCCUUCAUCUCCAUCCGAGCUUGCGCUCAAGGAGAAUGAAAUUGUCGCCAUCAUGGGCAAGCUGGAUCCCAGCACCGGUGUGGAGGUGGACCCACGGCUGGAGGUGGAGAGUGAGUGGUGGAAAGGUCGGACACGCGAGGGCCGCGAAGGGUGGUUCCCGAAGAAGUGGGUUGAGGUCCUCGAGCGACGAAACCCUGCUGAAGAGGGCAAGAAGGUGGUUUGAGUAUAUGAUAUUGGCUUUCUAUAUGAAGACACAUCACCCUAAUUGUACUUGAUGGCUACCAUGGCUGGCACUGAUACUAUCAUAGCUUUGCCGUACCCAACCGUACGACAAGUGCGGAAGAUUACCAAAU